AUGUGCCUUUCUUCAUGGAGAUUUACAUUGAUUUGGCUGAAAGAGCACUGUGGCACUUAUACUACAAAUGUGAGUGCAGGAUCGUGGAAUAUAUAUAUAUAUAUAUAUGUAUAUAUAUAUAUAUAUAUAUAUGUAUAUAUAUAUAUAUAUAAAAGUGUGUGUGCACUUUUAACUUCAGCAAUAACAGUGUAGUGUUCUUUCAAAAUUAUUUGAAUACUUAAAGGGACACUAUAACAAUUACAGCUUCUACAGAUUAAUAUAUUGGUUUUCAUGCACACCUGCUACCUAUGUCUAUGAAUGAAAAAACAACACUUACUGCACUUCCCCCUUAAAACAUUUGACAACAGGAUUAUACUGAAUGCUUUUCUAUGAAAAGUUCUGGUUUGAAAUAAUCUGUAUGAGAAAGAUUGAUGGUGCAAAUUGCCAUGCAUGUCUUGGAUUGAACAAGAGAUUAGAAAUGUUGAUAAUUUCACAAUGGGUGGAUAGGGCUUCAGUAAAGUGACUAUCUGGCUCUGGAGUAUAGAUAAAUGUAUUUAUUUUUCAUUACAGGGACUGCCCUGCAAUCUAGUAAAGUAAAUAAGGAACAAUAAGGAAUUAAAAAUAACUACAUUUAUUAUAUUAGUAAAUUAGUGGGGUUUUUUUAAUAUAUAUUUUUUAUCCAUGUUGAACCAAUAUCUUAAUAUUACACAAAUGUAUAAAUAUAUUCAAGUAGGUACAAAUGUGAGCUCCUGUUUCCUUCUGGUGGUAAUUUUCAUGUCUAAACCAUAUGUUUUUGAAUUUUUAGAAAACAACUUUAAAUCUUUAGUGAGUCAAUUUUAAUGGAAUGGAAAUAAAAUGUCACUUCACAUGAAUUAAAAUAUGUUUACUUAUUCUCUAUAUUCUAUAUAUAGUUGUGCCUAGACUAAACUGAAUUGUGAUUCCAUGUUUGCUAAAUCUUUUAUAUAAAUGUAAAAUAAAACAUAUAAGCACAGGGGGGAAAAGGUUAAUGCAAAUUAUAAGUGGUUUUAAUGUAUUAUUAAAUGGAGUAAUUUCUAGAGAAGUGGUAGUUCCCCUGUUUUUUUUUUUUUGUUUUUUUUUUGUUUUUUGUAAAGUUACAUUUUAGAUAUCUGUUGUCAGCAUUUUUCUCUUUGGAUGUAAAAUUUUAACAUUUCUCUGAUACAUAAUGAAUGACUACUUAAAGGGAUCACCAUUACAACUAUACUUUAUUGCAGUGUUUGUGAUGUAGAGACUCUAAGAUUCAGUUCCAUUGAAUCUUAGAAUGAAUUGGUAGUGUAGUUAGGGUUAUUUGUAAUUCAACCCCACCAUGUCCUGUUUUUUUGUACAGAUAUUUUACACUCAUAAUCUUGAUCAUUAAACUUUUCAUAUGGUGGGCAAUCUGAGAGUGUGUGGUCUUUGAAUGUCAGAUAAUUAUUGAAAAUGGUUGAAAAAAUAAAUAAAAGUAAGGAACUAAAGUCCUUGCACCACAAAUACUACACUAAAAUAUUGUGUUUAUAGUGAUUGGAGGGGUUAUAUAAUAUAACUCUCAUGUUAGAAAAAAUGUGAUACAUUAUACUGUAAUUCUAUUUUAUAAUUGGUCAAAAUAUUGCAAAACAUAAUGCAUAUUUGUACCGCUUUCUUUUCACCCUUCACUAAUCACAUAACAUUGGAGAAAGGGGAGAGUGUUCAAACUGGUAGAGCAUGAGUUAUGAAGUUAUUGAAUAUAGCAUACCUUAGCAAGGCUAUCAUAAUAGUGAAAUACAAUUAUGCGUAGCAACACAUAUAACACCGACCUGCAUAAUCUUUCCCACUUUUGCUGUUAAUGCUUGUAAUCAAAGGGAAGAAUAAUUUAUCACUCCAGUGAGUGCCUACAUUAGCUAAUUGCUUGAAUCUUUGUUAAAGUUUUCACUGCUGCUUAUACCCCCAAGAGACAUAAUAAAUGCUUAAUGACAUUAGUUACUUACAGCCUGUUUGAAGUUCAUGAACAUUAUUUUUAAAACUUUAAAAUGAUCUUUAAGGUGUGAGUGGAGAAGAUAGUUUCUCUGUUUCCAAUGAUCUAUGAACAGUAUUAUAAUUUUAAUAUAUACAUGACCCUUUUUUUUAUCUUAGAUAGGAUAAUCUACUUAUCUCUCUAUGGAAUAGCUACCCAUCUAUCCACCUUUAAAUACAAUAGAGAAUCACAUAUGUUUAUUAUUAGCAAUUUUAUUGUUUUUGUCUUAUUUUAUUGUAGCAAAACCAGAAGAAAAGAAGGCAUCAACUGACAAAAAGGAUAUUCCAGGUACCAAGCAACCACAAAAAAAUAUGUUGGGGUUUUAUAACAAUAUAUAUAUAUGCUUUAUAAAUGAUCACUUUAUUUACAGUUGUAGGUGGCAUAAUUAUGCUUGGAUUUUCUAAAUAUUAGUAGAUCUUUCUAUCACAGUAGACUCUUUCAAUUGCAGAACACACUCAGUAUCAAUUGUAGAACAUCAGCAAAUUCAUUCAUAAUAAUAACUAUAAUUUGUUUAAAGGGACACUAUAGUCACCAGAACAAUUACAGCUUAUUGUGUUUGUUCUGGUGAGCAUAAUAAUUCCCUUCAGGGUUUUUGCAGUAAACACUGUCCUGUUUUUUCAGAGAAAAUGCAGUGUUUACAUUACAUCUUAAGGAUAACUCCACUGGCCACACCUCAGAUAGCUACUAGACGUGCUUCCUGGGGUAGUGCUGCACAGUAGGAAAAAUAUUUUAGUAUAUGAAACAUGUAGGUGGUUUUCUGUUGUAAACUGCUAUAAGCUUAGGUUAUUAUCAUAGGAUGCUGAAAAUGUUUUAGUGCAUGGCAUUGGAAGGGGGGAGGCACCGUGACUAAUGGAGCACUGCCUGGUGCAUGUUGUAGUGUACUUUCCACAAUUGAUUUAGUAUUGACUUAAGUACACAACUGAACUAAGAUAAGUGCAUAUAACAUUAAAGAACCACUCUAGGCACCCAGACCACUUCAGCUUAAUGAAGUGGUCUGGGUGCCAGGUCCCUCUUGGAUUAACCCAUUUUUUAAUAAACAUAGCAGUUUCAGAGAAACUGCUAUGUUUAUAAAUGAGUUAAUCCAGCCCUCAAAGCCUCUAGUGGCUGUCUCACUGACAGCCGCUAGAGGCGCUUGCGUGAUUCUCACUGUGAAAAUCACAAUGAGAACACACAAGCGUCCAUAGGCUCUUGCCCCGCGUGCGCUUUCAGCCGAAUGGGAGGAUCGGAGGCGGAGAGGAGGAGGAGAGCUCCCUGCCCGGCGCUGGAAAAAAGGUAAGUUUAACCCCUUUCCUCUCCCCAGAGCCGGGCGGGAGGGGGUCCCUGAGGGUGGGGGCACUCUCAGGGCACUAUAGUGCCAGGAAAACGAGUAUGUUUUCAUGUCACUAUAGUGGUCCUUUAAAUCACAACACCACAUAGACCUAGUGUGUCUAUUGAGAAAUCUGACCCCAUCUAUUAAUCCAAUCCCUGGAUUUCAUGAUUUCAUGAUUUCAUUGUUCACCAAUAGACUGAUGAUUCCUUAAUUCAUACAUCUGAUUUCUUAUUUAAUAGACUGAUUUUUAAGGUAAAACAGACUACUAAUGGCUUGCAAGUAAUAAACAAAACACUGUCAGUUAUCUGUGGCCGUGUUAAGGAGCACUCCAAGCAAUAAAACAAUUUAUUAAUACGAUCAAAACUGUGAAAUGCAUUAAAGUUUUAUUUGUACCUGGAAUGUUUCUUUGUAAUCAUAUGCAGUUGUAGUGGGAUUGCUAUAAAGGUGGAGAAGCACAAGACUCUACUCCCAGAAUUAAACUCAACCUCCCAGUGCAGUUACCCAGUAGAACAAAAUGCGGAUCUAUGAUGUCAGUGACUCGGUUAUAGUUGACCAAGCAUAUCUAAAAAGGUUUUUACCCACUGAACAAGGCAUUAAAAUAAAUACCCAAAAACCUUGACAUCAUUAUAUGCUUUGCCUGCAAGCCUAGUCCUCAAAUCCAGUUAUAGUUCAUUGCAUCUCAUUGAACUGGUCAUAAUGCCUAGAGUCCUUUGUCACUGUCCCUCUAUUUAUGAGCAGAUUAACACUAAAUAAUAAGAUUUUGUUGUCACCCACUGUCUCACCCAUACUGGAGCUAUGACUAAGGCAGAGAUUACACUCUUCCUUCUAGUCAUACAAAUUCAUACCAGCAAGGGGCACUGUGAUAAAAUCAAAGCAGUCAGCUGCUCAGGCUAAUGCUUCCUCGUUAGCUCGAGUAGCAUAGAGGAGAUGGGCUGCUGUGGACUCUUGUUUUGUGUUAAACCUUUAAAAAUGGUUUAACACUGAAGGAAGUACUGUGCCAGAGGACCCCAGACACUAUGACCACCUCAAUGAGAUUAAGUAGUUUUAGAGUCUAUAGUGUACCUUUAAGUAUGGAAAAAACAGUGAUCUGCUCACUAAUCUUUGGUGAUAACCAAAAGGCAUGUUAGAACAUUCUUUUCAGUCUAGCCAUAACAGACAUUUUAAUUUAUUAAUAAAAUGAGACUAUACUGUGAAACAUUAUUAUUAUUAUUAUUAUUAUUAUUAUUAUUAUUAUUAUUAUCAUUAUUAUUAUUAUUAUUAUUAUUAUUUGUUUCACAGCUGCCGUGGUAGAGCAAAAGAAGACUUUACCAGAGAAGAAGCUUGUGUCAGAACCAAAGAAAGCAGGUAUGGCUAAGUAUUCCAAGUGACUAGUUAUACUAAUCUCUGAAUUGUGCAUCUUGACUUAUGGGAACAUGAAAGCUUAAAAUGAUCACAUAGUACAUUCUGCCAUUUUGAACUAGCUAUUCUGACUCAUCUUUUAUAUACCACUUGACAAAAAAUAUGUAAACAUAUUCCUGUUAAAUAACAGACAUCGUCAGGCACCAGACCAAUCAAAGGAUACCAGUCAGUUCCCCUUCCCUCGCCUUGGCACUCAUUAGUGCAUCAUGGAACUGUUGUCCUGAUCACUCUAUGUAUAAACAGUUGGGAGACAUUAGAGGAGCAUCCUAAAUAACAUCCAUUAAUUCACAAUGCAGUGGUGCAACGAGUCUACGGCCACAGUUCCCUGUUUUUUUGUGGAACUGUUAUGGACAAAUUUGGAAAAACAACUGUGUCUUCACACCAAGUCUUACACUGUAAUUAUAUCAGUGGCAUAUACUGAGGGUCUUCAUAGGAAUACAUAAUCUACCUCAAUAUGUGUCCAAUACGAGCUCUGUAUUCAUACCACCUCAUACACAGAGCUCAUAUUGGACACAUAUAUUGAGGUAGGUUAUAUAUUCAGACAGAAAGAUUAUAUUGGUAAUGUAAGCUGAAGCUAUGUCUUUACACCUUCGCAUACAGAGUUUAUUUUGGAUACAUAUACUGAGACUGAUCUGUUCAUACCAGCUCAUACACAGAGAUUACAUUGGUCACAUACAUUGGCACUAUGUUUUCACACCAGCUCAUGUAGAGAGUAUGUACCUAUCAUAUACUGAAACAGUUAAGGAAGAUUAUCUAGAAUAAUAAAAUACUUUCCACUCUCUGAAACAAGAUAGUUAUACCUGGUAAAAAGCCAGGAUUCAAGUCAUUAGCACAAUGAACCAUGGUAUUUGAACACAUUGUAUACAGGUGUGAUCCAUAAGUCACCCAGAAAAAAAUCUUUUAUUAUGGGUCUUAAAUUCUUGGACUGUAGUAUUCAUUCAGACUUGACAUGGUCAAUAUAGCCAUUAAGAGCAGGUUUCUUACAACACUGCAACACUGGACAAAUAAAACUAAAUGUGAACAAUUACGUAAAAGGAAACCCCAAAAUAAGCAACUAUGGGUAGCUGAUAGUACAGAAAUCCUCAUACUUACAAUAGUCAGGAAUCUAAACUACUGAUGCACUUACCUGAAAUGGGUAAAAAAAAAAUUAAAUAAACUGAACAACAACUGCAGUCUCCUGCUCUGCCUUCAAAGAUGUCAGCAUGCUUGCUGAUGUAUCGCAAUCUCCUUCAAUCCAGUACUUCUCAUAGAAUCAAAGCACUCAGCCAAUAACAGCUGCUUGUUGCUGCUCAUGUCAAUGCUUUCUUAUUAGUCCAGCAUCACAGAGGGAAUGGGCUGCUGUGGACGAAGUACGAUGCCAGGGGCAUCAAGACACUAGCUUCUCCAAUGAGAUAAAGUAGUUACAGUGCCUAAAGUGUACCUUUAAUUAAUAAAGAAAAAAAACAUGGAUCUGCUCACUAAUCUUUGAGUUAUAGCAAGAUGAUAACCACCUUAAAAAUAUUAAAAAAAUAGACUAAAAAGAAAGUUAGAAAUACAUUUCAAGUCUAGCCCUGACAGAUAUUUUAAUUAAUCACGAAAUUAUUAAUAUUAUAUUGUUUGUUUUACAGCUGCUGUGGUAGAGCAGAAGAAGGCUUUACCAGAGAAGAAGCUUGUGUCAGAACCAAAGAAAGCAGGUAUGCUGUCUAAUCAGCAUCUUGGUAUGGUGAGGUGGAUGGAUUAUUUCAGCAAAGGAGAAGUGCUCACUAACACAGAUUUAGACAGAUUUGUGAACAAUAUUUGAGAGAAAUAGGCCUUUUGUGUACAUAGAAAAAGUCUUAGAUCUUUGAGUUCAGCUCAUGAAAAAUGGGGGUAAAGAUUGAGAUGGAAGUCUGGGUGCUUAUAGUAUUCCUGUAAUGCUGACAUAUUUUGACAGAGAUGCAGGGAUAUAACAUUUUGGUAAAUAUACAUAGUUGUAAAUACAAAUGAAAAGCAGUCUGAUACUUUAUCUGAUACUAAAAUUAUGCUUAUUUAAAACAUAUUCAAGUCAAGCCAAGAAAGUUUAAUUAUAUUUAGAAUGGUAAAUCACUCGAGAAUGAAAGUCUAUUUUUAUAAAUUGUAUUUUUAGUAAAUCAUGGUACAUCUGUUUACGCUGCUAUAUACUCCAGAGUCAGACAGCCAAUAUCACAUAUUAUACAGCAUAAUGUAAUGUAUGUACUGACAUUCAGAUUUAUUGCUUAUCCUGAGAGAUCUAGCAUGUUUACUGUGAUAAAAAAAAAAUCUGAAAAUAAUUCAUAGGUGACACACAAGAAGGAUGAUUGGCAGAGCCAUAUACUGCUGCUUUGCAUUGUACCAGCUGUAUUUGGAGACAUAGCUUGCUGUCUGUGUUUAUCGUGACAGUCCAUUUUCAAUUCCUUUUAGAUUAUUACUUUAAUUAGUCUAAAGAUCUGUGAUAUCUACGCUGUAUUGAUUGGCAGCACCUGUUAGACUGAAGAGCUUUUUCAAUGCUCUUUAAUUGCCUCAUCUUUUGAUGUGAAUGGGAUUAUUAAAGACUGGCAAGCUAAUAAUAAUUGAAAUGACUUUUAGGAGGAUUCAUACUGACUUUUAAGAAGGCAGGGGAGAAAAAUAUUAUCAAAGCUAUUUAGGUUAUCAUUUCAACAAAUCUGAGUGUAUACAGACAAUUCUACGAAAAAAACAAAACAAAAAAAAAAUAGUGAUACUGCAUUUGUCAUUACCUAUUAUGUCAUGCAUAUAUAUUUUAUCCUAUAAUGAAUUUAUUUAUGUUGGCUUUUCAAUUUUUUUAUAUGAAAUGUGCUUUUAAAUCCCCCUCACCAAAUGGAGAUAGUCAGUUUAGAGAUUUUUUUUAAAAGGUAAUUUAAUCAUAUAUGUAUACAUUUAAAUGCUGAUUCUAGAAUUAUUUUUCAUAUUUUUUGUUACGUUGUAUUAUUGUUCUGAUACGUAGUAUGACUUUAUUUCUGUUUUUAAAACAAUAUGGUGGAAAUCUGCACUGAAAACUUGAUUUUCCUUAAAUUUUCAAGAGAAAAUAGCAGCUUUCCUUCAUCUUGAAAUAGUUGCUUAUAUGUCUUUAGGAAAUCUUCAAACAUUUCAGUAAUGUGUAUUCCUCAGAUUUUUUCCAAGAGUUCCUACUUUCUUAAUCCCCCAAUGCAACACCCAUGUGUCUGAAUUAGAGGAGCUCCUGCAUCUUCAACUGUUUAUUGUUUAUUUGUUGUCUAUAACCUAAAGAACUUACCUGGUAAUUUUUAUGGAUCUAUUUAUUUAUAGUUACAGUUUUUUAGGAUAUCAGACCACUUGUCACAGUUAUAGCUAGUUCAUUGCUUUGUAUUGUUACUUGGCUACAACAAUUCGGUUUACAAUGCAAUGUAUUGGGAUGAAAAUUCUACUUUUUUAAAGGGACACUCCAGUGCCAGGAAAACAAACCGUUUUCUUGGCACUGCAGGUACCCUCUCCUUCCCACCACCCAUCCCAUGUUGCCGAAGGUGUGAAAAUCCCUUCAGUGACUUACCUGAGACCCCCGCCGAUGUCCCUCGGCGGUGGUUUUCGGGUCCGCCAGCGCUCCGGCGGGGGACACCGAUCGUGCAAGCGUGGCCGCCGGUGGGAGAUACCUAAUGCGCAUGCGCGGCAAUGCCGUGCGCACAUUAGACCUCUCCAUAGGAAAGCAUUGAAAAUGCUUUCAAUGCUUUCCUAUGGGGAAUUGAGCGACGCUGGAGGGCCUCACACAGCGUGAGGACGUCCAGCAAUGCUCUAGCACAGAAAACAUGUGCUAGAAAUCAGGAAGUGCCCUCUCGUGGCUGUCUAGUAGACAGCCACUAGAGGAGGAAUUAACCCUGCAAUGGAGUUGGCACCCAGACCACUCCAAUGGGCAGAAGUAGUCUGGGUGCCUGGAGUGUCCCUUUAACUGUCAAAGGACCAAGGGUUAGACAAAUAAAUAUAUGUGAUGACGGAUAUAGCUUGUCAACCAUCAUGAAAUUGUUCAAAUGCUUUUAAAUAAAGUCUUGUCGCAAUUUGUUUAUAGCUCUCUUAGUGUCUGUUUUUAACUUUUCAAACGAAUAGUUUAUUAUCUGAAGCACUAAUGCAGCACCUUAUCCAUGCUGCCAUAAGAUAUUAAAAUUCACUCCUUAAUAAUUAAGCAUGAACAAUUCACAGUAUGUCCUCAGCUAUAUAUUUCUUGUGACAUAUGCAAAUGAAGCCAAGUGAAUCUGCAAAAUGCAAAUUCUCAUAUCCAUAACAGAUCCAUAGUAAAUUCGAUUCAUUUAAAUUGUUCAGAAGAGAGAGUGCAUUCAAUGGAAUUUCUGCUGACUUAGAAGGUAUCCCCUUUGGCUUAAAGAAAAAACUGAAAAGGUAAAUACAAAUUAGACAUAAAAUUAUGCAAAGUAUAAAAUACAUAAUGCAAACUUCAAACACUGAAUUACACAGUUAAAUCAGAUCUGGCUAACAGCUGUCUCCCAAUAAUUCCAUAUCAGCUUUUAUGUGUAUCAUUAGAAAUGCAGUCUGCAAUGCCACGACUGGCGUAACAAAGGACAAGUGAGAGUGAUACUUGAUCAGGAGCCAUCUUUAUCAAAGCAACUGGGAUGUACAUAUCUGUCCUACCCGAUAUUAAUAGUAGUUGCAUUCCCAAGCAGCACAUGACUCCAUUUUUGUAAUGGCAACUGAACUAGCUGCUGCUGGGAACUGUAACUUCAACUAAUGUCAGACAGGGCUAUCUUUAAUGUAGAGCAAACUAAUGGGCCUAUUGGUGCAGUCGGGGGCCCACGAGCUAAGAAGGCCAUCGAGGACAUCACUUAAGACCACACUUAAGACCUCCCAGUGCUGCACCCCUUUCUUUAUGGCAGCACUGGGAGGAAGUGAAAGCCGCAAGUCAACUACUCCAAGAGAAAAGACAGAGCUGUGUGGGAGGGAGGAAGAUGAAGCAGUGAGGAGGGGGGCUGGUUAGGCACCACACUGAACCCAAGGGCAAGCCACCCUCUAGCAAAAGGUAGGAAACUGGAGGGUGGGUUUACAAAUGUAAAUUUUACAUGUGUGUCAAUAUGUCAGUGUGCGUUUGUCAGUAUGUCUGUCAAUGUGGGUGUCAGUAUGUCUGUCAGUGUGUGUUUGUCUGUUAGUGUAUAUGCCUUUCAAUGUAUCUGUCAGUAUGUCUGUCAGUGUAUGUGUCUGUGUGUCUGAUUGUAUAUGUGUAUAUGUAUCUGUAUAUGUGUAUGUAUUAUAUGUUGUCAUUGUAUGUGUCUGUGUAUCUUAAUGUUGUCAGUGUGUGUAUCUUUAUUUAGUCUGUUCAUCUGUUAAUCUGCAUGUGUGUCAGUGUUUGUAUAUGUGCCUGCAUGUGUAUAGGUGUGUAUAUCUGUGUAUCUGCAUGUGUUUCAGUGUGUGUGUAUCUGUGUGUGUGUUUGUAUCACAGUGUAUGUGUAUAUGUGUAUUAAUCUCAGCAUUCUGUCGCCAACACUAAACACAAAUACACCCCUGCAUAAAAACGUCAACACUAGAUACAAACACACCUAAUUCACGCGCUGUUUUCGGCAGCUUCACUUGUUCCCUCACCACGAGUGGAGGCUUCCAAUGCCCGUGUUUCGCUAGUGACAUCUCCUCACUUCUGCUUACCCACUUCCAGUGCCCGUGCGCUGCUCCUGGCUCUGUCAGUUCCCCCCAGUAACCUUCUGGAUGCUGCACGCUUGUGUGCAGCAUGUUUAAAUAGGCACCUGAGUCAGUCACCUGACUCAGCGCACAAUAGUGACAUCACAGGUCAAAAUUGGAGGUACAAGUACCUUCCACAUGAGAUAAUUAACCCUGAUUGGAAGUUAACCAAUAAGAAUGGCCUUAAGCAUAUAUAAACUUACCUUUCCCAUGUCCUCUUGCCCUGUUUUGGUUUUUGAUAGCCCAAUAGCGCGUUUACUGUCUGAUUAUCUGGUUACUGAACUUUGGCUUGUCUCACCUUUACUCUGUCUUCUUUGAUCCUUGACUUCGGCUUGUCCUUUCAUAUUUCGUCUCUGUUGUCCUAGACCUCGGCUUGUACUCUGACUACUCGCUCUCUCUUUUGCACAGCCCAGCCGCUCUAAGCACUGGUAUUGCAAUCCUGUGUGUCUGUGUGCGUGUUUAGCUUCCCCCGAUAACCAUGACACCAACAGCCCCUGCCCAACCCUUUCCUUACUCUUCCUCAAUCUUGUUUUGGGAUUAGGAAGCACCAUUGCUAAUGUUGGGCUUGUUCUUAUUACAAAACUUAGGGGUAUACAUGAUAGUUUACACAAUAAACAAACACAACUUUACUUAGCAAAAAAUUUUUUUUUUGCUAAAUAGGUUAUUGUUUGAUGAAUUUACCACUGUGAUGUUAAUUUGUUUGACUUUAAGAACACUUGCACAGUACACAUUGGACUGAACACAUUCCAAAAAUUUUCAUUUUCAAAACCCCCCCAAAAAAGUAAGAAUGGUGUUAAAUGGCAGUGGCUAGUAGUGUGUCCACACACAGAAAAACCAAGUAAAAUAUGGCACUAAAAGAUAAAAAAUAGACAAAAAUAAAAUAAAAGCAGCACCUUACCUACUGCAAUAACUCGAAGGACACUAUACCAAACGAUAUAUACAAAAAAGGUGUGCUGUGUCUUUAACACAAAAUAUGGUUAGUAUGUGGACCAGAGUGUUCUAAGUGUAGUGCAAAAGAUAAUAAAAUUAUCACAAUAAAAUUAUUUUCAUUUAAGUGCAAUUGCAAUUCAAAGUGCAAAAUACAAAGUAAGUGGUAUAAAUCAAACACAUGUAAUUCUAGUGUCAAAUGUAUCACACUUCACUUACAUAGUUUUCACACCAUCCACAUGAUAUAUACAUAAAAAACACAUAUAGUGUAAUAUUGUUAUAAAAUUAUAAUAUUAAAAUUGGUGACCUUCACUCACAAGUGGAGAGCAAAUAAGUCUGCUCAGGCUAUAGAUGCUCCUCUUCACCACUAUACAGCAUCCAACUUGUAGUGUGACCAUGUCCUAACCGUAAACAACCAUGUCACACUUGGAUGAAUGAUGCAGGCUAUCUUUAUCACUCAAUGUUUGUCUAAAAACCUGGAUUUUAAGAAUUUGGAUCUGGAUUUAAGUCAGAUCAAAUGCUGCAAGAUGGCUGAAUUCUGGACCCACAUGCUUCAAACCCUAGGCCUGAAUGCUUUAAAUUCUGGCCAACAUUUUAAACAUUUGGAGUCUAUUGAAAAAUCUGGACUUUAUAUAUGUUAUAUGUUAUAAAGUGUGAACAAUCUCUGGAUUUUGCUGUCCAAUUUGCCCCAUAUAGUUUUGACAUGUUUAGUAUGGGGCUAUUUUGAUUUUAGUGAAUGACCCUGUAUGUGUAUAUGCAUCUAUAUGUUUAUCUGAACAGUUCUAGCCCCUCUUAUAUCUCCUCACAGAUUCAUAGGUAUGUCCCUUCUUGGUCUCUUCGCUCUGCCCGUGACCUUCUCCUGUCCGUUGUUCGCACCCGUACGGCCAACUCACGCUUGCAGGACUUCUCGCAGGCAGCUCCCUUCCUAUGGAAUAGCCUGCCUACCACCAUCGGACUCUCCCCUAGUCUUGCAUCUUUUAAGAAGUGCCUUAAAACCCAUCUCUUUAGGAAAGCUUAUGGUCUCCCAGAGUGAUCUCUACCUUGCACACCUGUCUCUUGCUCUCUCCUAAAGGGCAGCACUCUACUCUCUCCUCCAGCUCUGCCUCACUCCCACCUUAUUUGAUUGCAAAUUCCUGUCCUAUUGUGUUUUACGCCCCACCUCCUACAGAAUGUAAGCUCGUUUGAGCAGGGCCCUCUUCAACCCAUUGUUCUUGUAAGUUUUCUUGUAAUUGUCCUAUUUAUUGUAAAAUCCACCCUCUCAUAAUAUUGUAAAGCGCUACGGGAUUUGUUGGCGCUAUAUAAAUGGCAAUAAUAAUAAUAAUAAUAUCUGCGUAUGUGUCUAAUGCUAUGCAUAUUUUAUGUGUGUCUAUGAGUAUGCAUAUGUGUCUGUGUGCUAAUGUAUGUUUGGGAUACAGCCAUUUGUUUUAAAUCCUAAAAUUUCUCAUUGCUUUAACUGGAUGAGCACUGUGAGACUUUCAGGCACUCAGGGAAUUAACACUUAUUGCUAUAAUGAAUAGUAAGAAACUGCAGACUUUUGAGAACAACAUUUCCCAUAAUAGAAAUUAUGGUAUGUAUAAAGGGAACAACCAAGGUGAGGGUGUAACGGGUUUCAUUUUAACACCACUCGUGAGGGCAUUACCAAAAUAUUUCAGCACACAGGAGUCUUUUCUUGACCCAGAUCUUGUCUGUACCAUUCCUGCAUACGUGCACAUAUUUCAACCUACCUUUAUAUAAUUUUGUAGAUGACUUGCAUCAUCUUAUGCCUAUUUUAUAACAUCAUUUAAAAACUGAAGAGGAGAGGAUAAGGGAGGUUGAAGGUAAUAUACAUUACCUGUCAUUUUUACAAUUUCUCUAAUUACUCUAUUAUGGCUUUGUAUUCCACAUGUAACACAGAGUAUGUAUUCCCAAAAUAUCAUCAGAUGUCAUACUAAUACCCAAAGGCAUUUUUAACAUUUAUAAUUAACCCCUUAAGGACACAUAACGGAAAUAAUCCGUCAUGAUUCCCUUUUAUUUCUGAAGUUGUGUCCUUAAGGGGUUAAAUAAUACUGCCACAUCUACUAUAAGUUUUACAUUUUUAUUUCUUGUGUGUUGAGCUUGUUACAAUGAUUAAGAUACUGUGAGCGUAAAGGUGGAAUAGUGGUUGAUGGGAGAUACAUCAGACCUGAUUUGCUAAACAGCAACCAGAGGAUUUUUCAGUUAAAUGCCCCAGGGAGAGAUGUUAAAGUUUGCAAUAUGCAUAGCUGAUGCUCUGCAAAACAUGGUAUGGGUCCCUGGGGCGGAGUAUUUGGAGAGCAGGGUGGGCCAAUGCUCCAACAGCACUAGUUGCUGUAUAACAGACCACAGCUUGGAUCUGAUUUUAAGAGUUAACUAAUUGGCACUCACCUGUAGCUACUCAAUUAGUAGACAGGCCUUUAAAAGAAGAGAGCAGCCUGCUGCAGAGUGAGUGAGAAAAAGACAGCUAGGAGAGAUUGUGUUUAUUGCAAAGACAUUGCUUUUGUUUGGAAAAUUGGUAAGUGGGAAAGCCACCCAAUUGCAGAUAGCAAUUACUGUCUAGUAAGAGCUCAAGUAAGAGCAAGGGAUUUUGUUUGUUUUUGUUAUUAUUUAAAGUACCUGCUUUCUUACUGAAUAAAAAGGAAAACUGAGCUGAAGGUGUCCUGGACUUUGUAUACCCUAGAAGGCUGUGGUUACUGCAAGAUCGGUGACAAUCCUACCUGUAAAAGAGGUGGUUUAUUACAAUACAAAGACAGCCAUGUAAACUGUAACAGCUGUAAUGCAUUGUAAAUGCUAGUAUUUAUGCAAUGAAUGAAUGGAAAAUAGAUUUGUGUAAAUUUACCAAAAGGACACACCAAUCAGGACAGUUAAAAACCAUCCAACUACACUAGAUUGAACAAACCUUUGUAUUUACUACUUUUAUUUAUCUUGUCUGUCUUUCUGAUUUCUUUUAUGUUCAAGAACUGUGUAUAUUUGUCUCAUCUACAAUCUCAAAUCACUCACAUAUGUGCAAGACACCAAAAUGUCUAAUUCUCAAACAUGCAAGAUAUUAGAUCACUACAUUAAUAAAUACACAAAAGGUACAUGACUGCAUUAAUAUUUACACGAGAUGUGCUCAUUUUUACAUUCCUUACAAUGAAAAAUUGCACAAAUUCACACAUCCCACUUUUAUUGUUGCAGUCUUAUCUUGGUUUACCUGCUGUUUCUUUCAGAGACUACUAAAUGAUCUUAUACACCUGCUUCGAUAG